UGACAGCAAAUCAUCACUCAAAAUUCUCAGUUCAAAAACGUCAAAUUACAAAAUUUCGCUCAAUCGUAAAAUGGCAAUACAACAAACCCAGGUACCCGAAUCCACCCACGAAAACACAUCAGUUAAAGGAGUUACAAUUACAAUGACGAAUAACAAAGAGAGAAAACACAAAUUCAAACUCAAAGGAAUAUGGCGGGAGACUCAGUUGGCACAACCGAAAAUGCCCCAAGAAAAAUUUGUUCCACCAUACGAUGGACCCCUUGUGCUUAUUCAGAAAUCCUUGGUUAUCGAUCCAGAAAUAUUGACAAGAUGCAAUCAGUUGGCAUUUGCUCACCUCCGAACAAUCUUCGACAACAGAAAAUCCUUCAAAGACAUCUUGGAACAGAAGAAGAUCAAGAACCUAGUAAAACAAGAGGAGAAGACUAUCAAUUCGAUCUAUUUCUUCUACAGAAAGCAUCAAAUGAUGAAAGAGAUGAAACUUGCGAAAUUGCAGCAACGAAAAGCGCUAUUGGCCAGAUCUAGCAGAAAAAAAGUAAAAGAAACCGACGAGGAAAGAGCUAAAAGAAUAGAAAAUCUUGCAACAGCCAAAAAACUCUUCAAGGAACGACCACCGAGUAGAGGUAAAUGGAAACCUUUGGAGAACAUGAACAGAUAUAUGGACUUAGCUGAGCCGAUCAAACGAGAUAAGACAAUUGGUCCAAGAACUAACUUCGACGUCAGCAAAGCCGCAAAAAGUUACGUAGCUACUGACAUAAUUCUUAAGUUGCUACAACAACCGAGGAGAUUUGAAGAUUUAGAGCCACCAUUGCAGGCCGCCAGACCAGUUCCCAAAUCUGCUCUGACAUACAAGAUUACACCUCAAAUAGAGAAACUUUAUGUUGUAAAAAUAAGGAAGGAAGGAACCACGUCCGCACCCGAGGAUGAGGUUUGGAAGAUAUCACCUGGUGCGCUCAAGUACAAAGCUACUCCAAGGAUCCUUCAACUAGCGAAACCCAUAGAGCGACCUUAGACUAAACUAAUUUAAGAAUAAAAAAUAUAAACCUACAUAUUCAAGUAUUGCAAUGUAAAGUUCUCAUGGUUAUUUUUUUUUAAUUAAAUUUCGGAAUUAA